AAGCCAUAGAGAAACAGUCAGCUGUGUACCCAGGCAGUUUCCGAGACACACUGACAGAGCCCAAAAUACAGGAAAAUGAACAACUCAGAGAUUCGAGACAAGGACAAUACAGAACCAGUGAAGUAUCUAAGUAAACAGGAAGCUGAAGCACUGGAAGCUGAUUUGCUAGAUGAUUAUCGAUUUGGGAAGCAGCAACUACUGGAGAUCCUUGGACACAGCUGUGCAAUGGCAGUCACAAAGGGUUACCCAUUGAGAACACUGCCCAGAAAGCAGCCGACUGUCUUGGUUAUUUGUGGACCUGACCAGAAUGGUGCUAUUGGCUUGGUUUGUGCCAGGAACCUACGAUCUUAUGAUUAUGAGCCUACUAUCUUCUACCCCAAAAGAUCCCUGGAUGUCAUUUACAAAGAUUUAACCAUUCAAUGUGAGAAGAUGGACAUUCCUUUUUUAUCCUACCUUCCAACAGAAGUACAGCUAAUAAACGAUGCAUAUAAUUUGGUUGUGGACGCAGUGCUCGGAAUAGAAGCAGAGUUUGGAGAGUUGAAAGAGCCGUGUACUAGUAUUCUAGCAACAAUGAAACAGAUCAAGAUUCCAAUGAUCAGUCUAGAUAUUCCAUCAGGCUGGGAUGCAGAUGCUGGGAAUCCAGAAGGUAUCUAUCCUGAGAUGCUUAUCUCUUUGGCAGCACCUAAGAAGUGUGCUAUGCAGUUUACUGGAAAACAUCACUUCAUUGCAGGGAGAUUCCUACCAUAUGAUCUGCAGAAGAAAUUUGAGCUAAACUCGCUGGUUUACCCUGGGACAGAAUGCUUGGUGGAAUUAAAGGAUGGAAAACCCACCCUCUGAGUUCUUAAUCAUUAAUAAAUAUUUAUGUUUUCUGUAA